CCGAGCACACUUCACACUCUGCUUUAUCCCAUCAUGCACCGCGCGUGACUUCUGCUACAGAAAAAAGAAAAGAAAAUGGAGAGCCUUUCACAGUACACGUUUAAAUGGAGCAGAGAGCAGACGGCAGCAUUUAUCCGGCUGAGGGGGGAGAACGGGCACCUAUUCACCGGGGCCAAAUUCUCCGCUCGCGCUGCUUGGAAGACAAUACUGCAGAACCUCGGCCUGGAGGGAAAGGUCACGCCCCUUCAGGCCAAAAGAAAGUGGGAAAAUUUACAAAAGAAAUAUAAAGUUUGCAAGUGUCCAAAUAUAGAAGGAGUGAUGGGGAAGGCCACUGCUGAAACUUGGCCCUGGUUUGUCCUCAUGGAUGAGGUGUUGGGGCAGAGGCCCUCGAUCAACCCCCCUGUCCUCAUCGCCUCCAUCUCUGAGGACACACCAGGGCCAAGUACUGCCAGGCAGAACUACCAGCGGCUGGAGCUGAAGCUUGUGCAGAAGCAGCAGCAGGAGGAAGAGGAGCAGCUGAAGCAGGAACAGCUGGCGCAGAAGCAGGAGCAGCUGGAGUUGAAGCAGGAGGAGGAGGAGCAGCCGGCGCAGCAGGAGCAGCUGGUGUUGAAGCAGGAGGAGGAGGAGCAGCUGGCGCAGCAGGAGCAGCUGGUGUUGAAGCAGGAGGAGGAGCAAAUGGAGCUGAAGCAGGAGGAGCAGCAGCUGGAGCAGAAGCUAGAGGAGGAGGAGAAGCUGGAGGAGGAGGAGGAAGAUGACGACGAGGAGCAGGAGCAACAGCAGGAGCAACAGCAGCAGCAGCGGCGGCCAUUGAGACAAGGGCAAGGAGCAAUAAAAAGAGAGCGGGAGAGUGAAAUUAUAAAACUGUACAGGGAGGACUUGAGGAGACAGUGGGAGCGAGAUGAGAGGGAGGCAAAGGAGAGGAAAGAACGCUUUGAACGCUUGUUUAGUUUACUGGAGAAAUUGGUUGACAAAAAAUAAACACUUUGAUUUUGAAA